AUGAUGUCCUUUGUCCCUUUGCUCCUAGUGGCCAUCCUGUUCCCUGCCAUACAGGCUGUUCAGUUCACGAAGUGUGAGAUGUUCCAUCUCCUGAAGGACAUGAAUGGCUAUAGAGAUUUCACUUUGCCUGAAUUGAUAUGUACUCUAUUUCAUGCCAGUGCUUAUGACACACAAGCCAUAGUCGAAAAUGAUGGAAGCACAGAAUAUGGACUCUUCCAGAUCAGUAAUAAGCACUGGUGUAGAAGCGACCAGAUCCCUGAGUCAAGGGACAUCUGUGGCAUCUCCUGUGACAAGUUCCUGGAUGAUGACCUCACUGAUGACAUAAUGUGCACCAAGAAGAUCCUGGACAUUAAAGGAAUUGACUACUGGUUGGCCCAUAAAGCACUCUGCACUGAUAAGCUGGAACAAUGGAACUGCGAGAAGUUGUGA